AUGCUGGAUAAGGACAAGGUGGUGGAGCACGAGUCGGAGGGGCAGGUCGGUGGCUCUCCUCCUUCUGUUGGACGGGGGAGGCGUAGGCAGAGGAGGAGCGAUGGGGAGGACGGUUAUGACACCGCCGUGCCCGGAGACCUCACCAUGCGGGCGAAGAGGCGGCAGACGACAGGCAGUGCUGACGACGCUGGAGGCGUGGAAGUUGGGACAACGCGAGGCGCCACGGAAGCUACUGGCAAGGCGGGCGGUCAGGCAUUGCGCCAGAAGGGCCAACCCGCAGCAAGAAAAACAUCCGGCGGAAGGAAAGGCAAGAAAGCAGUGACGGGGACGAGGCAGAAACGGGGCGAUGAACACCCUGGUGAUGCGGAGGAGGAGGAGGAUGAGGAGGAGGAUGCGGAGGAAGAGGAGGAUGAAGAGGAUGCGGAGGAGGAUGACGCGGAUGUUGGGGAGGAUGAAAAAGAUGAGAAUGAUGGCGGGGAGGACAAAGAGGAGGAUGAGGAGGAGGAGGAGGAGGAGGAGGAGGGGGAGGAGGAGGAGGAGGAGGAGGCAGCAGAGGAGGAGGAGGAGGAGGAGGAGGAGGAGGAGGAGGAGGAGGAGGAUGUGGAGCCAGUGAAGGGACGGGGCGGGCGUGGCAAACGGCAGAGUGGUACAGGGAAGGUGGGGGGCCAGACUCGCCAUUCCCGAAAACGCGGGGCAGUUGACGCUGCGCGCGGCGCAACAGCUGGCAGACCGAAGGCGCGUAAGGUGAAGGUCGAAAGUGAAGGGGGUGGUAAAAAGCAAGGGCACCAGGGAGCAAAGGGGGAUGGAGGAGGUAAGGGUGGCGGCGCCAAAGGGGUUCCAUUGGGUACUGGCAAGAAAGAACCUGCCGGGCGGUCUCCCCCCUCGCUGGUCCUUCGCGCGGGCAUCAGCCAAGCACUUCUGCCAAUCCCUUCCCUGAGCUCCCCUUUUCCCGCCAGCGUGAUAGUGUGA